GGGUGGGAGCUUUGGAUGUGUGUUGUGGGUGGGGGAAAGAAGAGAGCGGAAAAGAGGAAAGUGGCGACGGACGGAGCCCGAGGGUCGGGAGAGUGGUGCAGAGAAUUACUGGUCACUGGGAUUGGGUGCAAUAGGGACGAGACGAAUCAUCAAUAUUCAAAGAAAAAUAUUUGCCUGAAAGGAUGCGAAAGUGGUGAGCGUUUGACCCCGUUUGUUGGUUUCAGUUUUCCAAUGUGUUGAGAAGAUGGAGCAAAGCGAGAUCCUGAGGAAAUUCAUUGAUCGAGUGCUGGCCAUGAAAAUCCGCGACCAGAAUGGGGAGGAUAACUUUGCCAACGACUUCAUGCGACUCAGAAGACUGUCAACUAAGUAUAGAACUGAAAAGAUCUAUCCAACAAACACUGGAGAAAAGGAAGAGAAUGUUAAAAAGAACAGAUAUAAAGAUAUCUUGCCAUUUGACCAUAGCAGGGUGAAACUUGCAUUGAAACUGACAGACCAGGAUUCGGAUUACAUUAAUGCAAAUUUUAUUAAGGGAGUUUAUGGGCCAAAAUCCUAUAUUGCAACACAGGGUCCACUAGCAAAUUCUGUCCUUGACUUUUGGAGGAUGAUCUGGGAAUAUAAAGUUGUAAUAAUUAUCAUGGCUUGCCGUGAGUUUGAAAUGGGCAGGAAAAAAUGUGAACGCUACUGGCCACUAUAUGGGGACGGUGUUCUUCAUCUUGGAGAAUUUCAGAUUACUUGUGAGGAGGAACAGGCAAGAAAUGACUAUUUCAUAAGGACUCUACUAGUGGAAUUCCAGAAUGAAUCUCGUAGAAUCUAUCAGUUUCAUUAUGUAAACUGGCCUGAUCAUGACGUUCCUUCUUCAUUUGAUUCAAUUUUGGACAUGAUCAGUUUGAUGCGUGAAUAUCAAGAGCAUGAGGAUGUCCCUAUUUGCAUCCAUUGCAGUGCUGGAUGUGGAAGAACUGGAGCUAUAUGUGCAAUUGAUUAUACCUGGAAUUUACUAAAAGCUGGGAAAAUACCUGAAGAAUUCAGUGUGUUUAAUUUGAUACAAGAAAUGAGAACACAAAGACAUUCUGCAGUCCAAACAAAAGAGCAAUACGAGCUUGUUCACCGUGCGAUAGCUCAACUAUUUGAAAAGGAAUUGCAGAGGAGUCAAUGUGCUGAAAGACUAUCUGAAGCGGAUGACAUUAGUUCUGAAAGUACAACUAUUUCCUCAAUUCCUGAUACUUCUGAUUCACCACCACCUAAGCCACCACGAGUACGAAGUUGCCUGGUAGAAGGAGAUGCUAAAGAAGAAAUCUUGCAGCCUCCAGAGCCCCAACCUGUACCACCCAUCCUCACUCCUUCUCCACCAUCUGCUUAUCCAGCUGUUACCACUGUGUGGCAGGAUAAUGACCGAUACCAUCCCAAGCCAGUUGUGCACUCAUAUACACCACCGCCACCCACAGACCUCAAUGAAAACUACAACAAACCUGGGGAUACCUUUAAGCAAAUUGAAAAUUGUGCUGCACACAUUGAACCUAUAGAGAAAAAGUUGGAAAGAAAACUUAGUAUUGAAAUAAAGAAGAUACCACUCCAAGAAGGACCUAAAAGCUUUGAAGUAUCCUCACCUGAUACCAACAGUGCUCUUAAUAGAUUGCCAUCAAAUAAAGUGAAAUCCACAUCAGCAGUUGAGAUGGAGCAAACAAGUAAAUCAGUGGAAGCAAGCUGUGGACAAGCUUCAGUAAAUUCAGAAGUCCUGCAACAAUCUGAUGCUGCUCAGGAAGACAAGAAUUCUGAUGUUGCCCUGAGACCAAUUCAGUUACCACUUAAAGAGAGAGCUCAUGCCAUGUGGAACAAGCCAAGCAACGAAUGUACCCCAUCUUUUAGCAAGAAUUCCACGGGUGAUAAAUUGUACAACAAUCAAUACCAUUCUUCUAAAGCAGCUGCUCUACCAGCAGAGCAAUCAUUGAAAAAGAUACAUGCGCAUGUAGUAAUGGACACCAAUGUAAACGAUCCACCUCUCAGUUUUACUAAUCCACUCCAUUCUGAUGACUCUGAGCCAGAGGAGAUAGAUGUUGGGAACACAAUACCUAAAAAUGUUACCAGUAUUUUAACAAGUGCCAUUGUUACUGCAACCAUACAAAACGAAGCCCCUUCAGCAAGAAAAAUAUCACCGGUGUCUAUUGCCCGAGAGCAUCCACCCAGUACCUUAAAUUUAGUGGCUGAAAAAUGUUCUGGGAGCAAAGGAGACAGUCCACCCCCUUUGCCAGAAAGAACACCUGAAUCUUUUGUUGUGGCAAAUGAAUCUGAUUCUCCUGUUAGAUCUGUUCAUAUUGGAAAAUCUGCAGAAUGGAGUGGCUUUCCACAACCACAGUCGGUUGAGCAAGCAAAGAUGGUGAGGAGUAAGAGCCUGAAAAAUCCACGAAGUCAAAGAAAAAAUACUCCUGAAACAGGAGACUGCGGAAGGCCUUCAGGUCUGUCGGGAUUAGCAACUGCUGUUACCAAGGGUGAGGUAGGACCUACUCCAGAAACACAUGCAAAACGAAGAGAACGUUGUUCAGAUUUAGACAGCGGGUUCCUUUCGAAAAUGAGCAUGCUGAGAACUGUCCUUGUAUCCUGUCUCCAAAAAUCAGGAUUCAAUAAUCGUUAUACAAAACCAAAAGGGCCAAGAGAUCCUCCUUCUGAGUGGACAUGAUGGAGAUGAUGUUCCCAUGGACUGUAAUACUGGAGUGUUUCUCUUCAAGUGCCACUAAAGGACUGAAACAUUGACAAAAUUAUGUUCACUAAAUUUUUUUUUAAACUAACAAAAAGCAAGAGCAACUUGGGUGUCUUCUCAGUUACGGAAUGGUACACAUUUUACAUCUAUUGUAACUUGCUAAAACCUUUCCCAGGGGGUGGAUUCCGGUGCUAAAUAUCUUUGCUGGGACCAUUUUGACCUGCCUUAUUUCACACUUAAGUAUUAACUUUUUUCAAGAAAAAGUAUUACAGGCCUUAAUUUUUGGGGGAAUUUGUUACACUGCUUGUAGGAUUGUAUAUUAAUAUAGUACAGUAAGUAUAAAUAGGGAGUCUGUGGACAUUUAUUCUUUGCUAACUUCCAGAAACAAUUAUGUGCAUUAUUCCUUUGUGUACAGGGCAGGGUAGGUAUAUAAUUGACUAUGUUGCAGGUAUUAAAUAUUCUUAACAGAAGAUGUAAGAAAUCAGUGCAUGAUCUAAACCUUUGUGUACCAUUUUUUGUAAAUUAUUUGCCCUGAAAAAAUAGAAACUUAUUCUUUCAGGUGUUCUUAACUACUGGAAAUGAGCAGGAAAUUGCAGUUUAACAGGGGUUGAGAUUGUAAUAAUACAUUUGUAAAUUGUAAGCAAAAGGAUAUUUUUAUAUUAUAUGCUGUUAAUAACCAAUCUCAUUUUCAUCUGUUCAUUUGGCCUUGAGUUUAGUAAGUGCCUUCGAACAGUAUGCAAUCCUGUUAACAUGAGCAUUUGAUUUUGUGCAUCUGGAAUUAGAUGACUAUCAGCCACAAACCUGUAUUUUACAAUAUAUUGACCUGUCAGUAAAGAUCUUGAAAUAAAUUGUUUUACUGUGUUUUUUGCAUUAAAGUACACUAACAAU